AAAUCUGCUAACGUAGGACAUAUUCAUUACCAAGGUGAAGUUGGUGUUGAUGAACUGAAGUGUUCAUUAUUAGGACUGGUUAAAAGAUUCCUAGAUACUACUAUAAAAAUGAAAUGUUCAGUAUUUGUGAGCACUAUCGAUGUGAAAA